AUAUUUACGUUACAAACGUAGCAUAUCUCAUAAUAGCUACUGGUGCGUACAGUGUCGUCGUUUGACCUGAUUUUUUUUUUGCGACCAACUACUAUAAUCCAGUUAGUUACAGUAGCUAACUAACGUCGGCUAAUUUCGGCUAACUUCGGCUAACGUCGGCUAACGUUGUUAGCCGAGCAGCAAGUGAGUUUGUUUACACCGUACACGACACCUUCAUUCUGGGACUGUUGGAUCACCCUUAACGCUGAGACAUUACCACCCUCUCCCGAUUCCCUGACUUUCAAACCAACCUUUUGCCUCGGUUCCAUCUCCCCUCUCCCCCUCCUCCUCCUCUCCCUCUCUUCUUUCCCUCCCUGUGAGUGAGUCUGUGUGUGAGCGGUCAUGACGACCAACAAGCCCAAGGGGCAGAACUCUCUGGCCCUCCACAAGGUGAUCAUGGUGGGGAGCGGAGGAGUAGGCAAGUCGGCCCUCACCUUACAGUUCAUGUAUGACGAGUUUGUGGAGGACUACGAGCCCACCAAGGCGGACAGCUACAGGAAGAAGGUGGUAUUGGACGGAGAGGAGGUGCAGAUCGACAUCUUGGACACAGCGGGCCAGGAGGACUAUGCCGCCAUCCGAGACAACUACUUCCGCAGCGGCGAGGGCUUCCUCUGCGUCUUCUCCAUCACCGAGGCCGAGUCGUUCGCCGCCACCGUUGACUUCAGAGAACAAAUCCUGCGAGUGAAGGAGGAUGAGAAUGUUCCCUUCCUCCUGGUGGGUAAUAAGUCAGACCUGGAGGAGCGGAGGCAGGUGAGCGGCGAGGAGGCCAAGGCCCGGGCCGAGCAGUGGGGCGUCAGCUACGUGGAGACCUCCGCCAAGACCCGUGCAAAUGUUGACAAGGUAUUUUUUGACCUGAUGCGUGAGAUCAGAGCCAGAAAAAUGGAGGAUGGCAAAGAGAAGAACGGAAAGAAGAAGAGGAAGAGCCUGGCCAAGAGAAUCAGAGAGCGAUGCUGUAUUUUAUAGUUCAUCGGCUUCCUUCCUUCCCGAGCCCUCUCCACCUUGCCCAUUCCUCUGGGUCGUGUUCAUUUGGUACCAAAUGGAACAAAAUGGACUGAAACAGGGAGGGACUACCUGGACUUGUCUAAUAACAAUUGCUCAUUUUAGCUUUCUGUUGCAAGAAGUUAAAAUAUCUGUUGCGUUCUGUAAUGAACAUUACCCAGGUUUCCCUCUCAGAAGCCAUGGCCAAGGGAGAGAAAAUCCUGUCUUUUUUAUUUAUUUUUAUUAUUUUUAAAGGUGAGUUCACUAAAGGGGAGUUUGUCGUCCAAUUAUAGUAAACACUAAAAUGGUAAGACUACAACAGAAACCAAAAAAGGAAUUUGAGGCCACAAAAGACAAGACUUUUAUCCCAAGAACAGUAAUUACACCUCUUAAUUAUCGUUCUGAGAGAUAGUCAGUUUAGGAAAACUUAAAACGAGGUGGUGGAUGUCUGGUGUCGCAGUCACAAACAAAAGAUGCUAUCGGAACGCUCACGCAAUGUUUGCAGUGUGAUAGUAAAUCACUAUAGUCCCUUUUGUAUGGCUCAGUUGGUAGAGCGUGGUGCUUAUCACGCCAGUGUAGUGGGUUGGAUUUGUUCCGGGACCACCCGUACGCACGCAUGACCAAGUCACUAUGAAUAAAAGCAUCUCCUAAAAAAGGGCACAUUUAUUAUAUCUCAUGGCUAAUUUCAAAUGCUGCUACAUUCCAUGUCACUCCGGGAAACUCCACUUCACACAGAAUAGACAUGAAACCUAAGGGUGUUUAAUUGAAAGAUAUUGAAUGGGAUCCCACAGUCAAACGUAAAACUCUCUUGCACUGGAAUGUCUCUCUGCCAUCUGGUUAGUCUGCUGUGAAAUGUGACACUUUGGAUCGUGCUAUACAGGCCAAUGGUUGAGGAGAUUAUACUAUACAGGCCAAUGGUUGAGGGGCUUAUACUAUACAGGCCAGUGGUUGAGGGGAUUGUACUAAAGAUUACACAAUAGGCUGCUUCCCUGGACAUGUGACUCCUUAGCCACUAAAAAUGGUUUUCAGUUCACACUGAACCUGCUUUUUAUUGUCCAGCACUAGGCUUAAUCGGUGUCUGGGAAACCAGGCCGAUAUAGUCGCCUUCAUUUAAGAGGACAGUCUUUGGGUGACCAUAGUUGCAUUACUCCUUUGCAUAUUAAUCUAAACCAGAGGUUGUUUUUAGAAAAUUGGCAGUGUCUCGUUUUGUCUUUCAGCCUGGCCUAGGUAAUCAAGACUGAAAAUAGAAAGGAGGAAUUUCCAAUGACUCCCUAAUAAAUUAACAGGUGAUAAAAUUAGGCCUGUAAGCACAAAUCGGUGUCCUGGAAAAUGGUUAUGACUGGCUACUUCAGUACAUUACCAUUUAAGACACCAGUACAUUCUGUAACGGCAGAGUCCAUAUUCCACUUGUUUAGAUCCUGCUAUAAAAAUGUCAGGAGGAAUGUGCAGGCCCCUCCAUAUAACAUAAAAUGGGAAUCAUUCCAUUAAUUGCAGUUUCUAUCCCGUGGAUUAUGGACAUAACGCUCAACCCCGGCCCCUUAAAAGAUAUGUCCAAUUUAAUUUAGUUGGAUCAUCAUACACAUCCGAGUAUUCCAUAACACAACUAUCCGUGUGUAGAACAUGCAAUUGGAAAAUGUAAUUUAGGUUUCUAUCCCGAGGCACAUCUGUAUCCCUUUAACUAUAGGCAGGGUAGCCUAGUGGUUAGAGUGUAGAGGUGGUAGGUAGCCUAGUGGUUAGAGCGUUGGACUAGUAACCGGAAGGUUGCAAGUUCAAACAUCCGAGCUGACAAGGUACAAAACUGCCGUCCUGCACCCUGAACAGGCAGUUAACCCACUGUUCCUAGGGCCGUCAUUGAAAAUAAGAAUUUGUUCUCAACUGACUUGCCUAAUAAAACAUACCUUAUAUCACAGAGGUCCUCUGUAAGGUCUGAUAAAUAACCUCCUGUCGUUUUGUUCUUCGGCAUGGGUUUUUUCUGCCGUUUGUGCACAACCCCCACAGAGUUCUGCGAUUGCAAAACUGAACGUACUAUGCAGACGCCUUAAGGCAUUGGGAUUUUCUCACAACCGAAAAACUUACUGCUAGACAAAUGUCUAUCGUGCCAUUGAGAGUCAAGGCAAGGCUAUACAGACCAAUAACACCGACUGAUUGUUCCAUGUACAAUUUAUACACACUUAAGUAGUUAACAUUAGACCCUUUUAAUUUCAAAAUAGGCUACUUUUGAUAUUUGAAGACAGUUAACACAGGAAAAUGCAUUUCAGAACAUGAUGGCGUGAACAUCCCUAGUUGAGAAUCUUCCACGUUAACUGUGCUGCGGUGUCAUACAGAUGGGUGUUACUCCGGUCCUUGGAUGGAAUGUACCAAUGAACUUGAGGAGGAGACGCACUGAAUGGGAAACUAUUGCACCAAUGGCCCAUUAUGCUUAAGGCUCCGUCUUGUUUGAAAAUUUGAGAACUGACAACUUUAUUAAAUAUAUAUUUUUUAAAUUAAGUUAACAGUCACACACCGCAAAUAAUAUCUUACACCAUCUCCUCCGAUGUAACACAGGCUCUGGUCCAGUACGUUUCUUUCUUUUACCAAGACAAUUAUUGUAACCUGGGUCUCGUUCAUUAGGCACCAAAUGGAAUGAAACUGGGAGGAACUAUGAACUUCUCAAAUAAGAAAGACCCGUUUCUCGUUGAAAAAACAUUUUCCACCGUGUGCCCUAAUGAACACGCCCCUGGUAUCCCAUGCUAUUGUUCUGUUUGUAUGAGGCUUGAUAUCCAGGAGCAAUGACGCUAUCAUUAAAGUCUGUGCUGCCCGCUGCCCUAAUGCUGGCCGCUGGUAGCAGAGGUCCUUUCAACUCAUAACAUGUGGAAUAGUGUAAAUUCACUGGAAAAUUAAGGAAAGGGGAAAUUAAAUAACUUACAAUGUUAA